UGCGCCCUAAGGGAGAUCUUUCAGUAUCCGCGUGUGCGAGGGGUGAAAACACACCGAGCUCUCGACCGAGAAAUAUCACUGAACAUGAACAGUCGAUCCUCGUGCCCGUAAUAGCGUAUUUUAACACGUAACCGCGUAAUUUCUGCCUCGAGAAAAAUGAGUCCUGGAUUUGGCCACGAUCCCUUGCCGCCGUACAACAACACUGCUCCCGGGAACCCCGCGCUCUGCUUGUGGCAACAGCCCCAACACAUUUUAUUCCAGUUGGCGAACUUUUGCUUCGCACUGUCGUACUCGGCGCCGUCCUCGAAAAAGGGCAUUUUGUUCAUGCAUUCGGUGCUGAUCAUAGGUUUUAUGCUGCUGUCUGGGUGGGCUUGGCACGUGAUCUGCGCGCCGGAUAUCUUCUCCUGGAACUUUAGCUUUUUAUUGCUCAAUAUCGGCCAAUUAGUGUACAUUGUCUAUCAAAUGAGACCGAUCAGAUUCGAUCCCGAAUUGGAGGAAGCUUAUCACACGCUCUUUUAUCCCUUCAAGGUUUCACGGAUACAAUUCAAGCGAUUAGUAUCCUCAGAAUUCGCGACGAUAAUGUCCCUCCAUGCUGGCGAGGCGUACGCGAUGCAAAAUCUAACGAAAACAGAUAGAUUGGGUUUAUUGCUCACUGGGAAAGUCAACGUCUUGAACGACACUAAUUUUCUGCAUCCGAUACUGCCCUGCGAGUUUCUGGAUUCGCCGGAAUUCGAAAGCUCCCGAGCCUCCGUCGACGAUAAAUUUAAAGUAUCCAUCGUAGCGGCGAGCUCCUGCAGAUAUUUGUAUUGGCAGCGGACAGCCUUGGAAUAUCUACUUGUGAAGGAAACGUAUCUCGCGACUGUCCUGACCACGCUGGUAGCACGAGAUAUCGCAACGAAGCUGUACGCGAUGAAUAACAAGAUAGUUACGGACAAGGGAUCGCACUUGGACAUUCGUCUUCCCACCAUCAGCGCUGGUCUAGGGAUCAGCGUCAGCAGCGCGAGGUCCAAGGAACGCGCGGUGAACAACUUGACGAAGAAGGGUGCGCCGAGCAUGGAGCCCCUUCCGGAGCUGCCUUCCUGCGACGAUCUAGCGUCCAGCGGUGUGGAGAGCUGGCUGGACUCCUCCAGCAAGUACCACAGCUGCGAGAUCGUCGACGAGGAAUAGCAUUACGCCAACUACUCGAAUUACGAGACCGUGAUGGAUGACGCCGAAGACGGCGAACGCGACAUACAGGCCUUUGAUUACAAAAACGCGGAGUGCUGGACGUCAUACGAUGAUUAGCAAUAAAAGGGGGAACGCGCACACCAUUUAUACCUCCGUUGAGUGAAUUUGUACGUCUGCAUUUUCAUUUUCCAGAACGAAGUUAUAAACUUUUAACGGUAAAUUAUCUCGCAAUUACCCAUUCCCUUCAAUUUCGUUGCAGUUAUACAGUAAUAAAAACUCAAAGGCCCAUAUUCAGAGCACGCUUACGACCUUAGCGCGCUGACAAGUCGGGGACAUCAGAGCUUUUAUUAAUCCAGGACCAAUAAGAAUACGCACGCUAGCCGUGUAGAUGCUUGUAGACUAAUUAGUCGUAGUUUUAUUAGUCUUGGAUUAAUGAAAAUGUUAAUAUCUUGACGUAUCAACGCGCUAAAGCUACGACUCCAUAGAUGUCGACCAAGCAGAAGCUUGCCGCAAGCUUCCUGCGUUGAAAUUGAAAUCUUUUGAUUCAUUGCCGCACACAUUGCCCCGCACGCGUUGCCGCAGUUCAACGCGUUUAUGGAGUCUCAGCUUAACAUCGUCGUAAACGCGUUCUGAGUAUGGGCCAAAGGAUUACAUUUCUAUUAUAGUAUAACUAGUAGGUCCACUCUCACGGCUCCUUUGCGGUCCCGAUCACGUGGUAUUCCACCAUGCACUCGCGCAGAAUCCAGCUACCACACGUGCAACUUUUCUCUUAUUGGUCUGCCCUGGACAAUGUCGAAAGAAAGAAUCGACGCAAAACGUAACAAAUGACGGAGUGGACCUACGAGUUAUACUAUAGGCCUGUUUUCUGUUGCUACACUGGUAAACUAGUGCAAUAAAUCAGAGUAAGACAAGUAUAUUUUUCUCAUUCUAGCUUACUGCACUAGUUCACCAGUGCAGCGAUAGAAAAUAAGCCUUACGUUUCUACUGAUCGCAAUAUUGUACAUAUAUACUCCGUAGGUUUGUUGCCUAGCAACGAAAUUCGCAACGAAGGUACCUUUCAAAAAGUAUGUAGAUAUAUAAUGUAAAUUUAAUACCAUGUACAUACAUAUGUGUAAAUAGCAAAUUUGACGACGCUCUUGAUGAACGAAGGUUCUAGUUCGCGAAACAGAAAAACAGUGCUUACGAAAGUAUUCCAAAUAAUUUUGGGGAAAAGAAAACAAACGUUAAAUAAAUCCAACAUCUACACGAAAUACAUAUAAUGCGCCUAUAGUGUUUUUGUAAAUAUCAAAGUUGAUCGUAGCAGAAAUCUAGAUUUUCUUACCAAGACAAUUUUUACUACAGAUGUAAAAGAAAUACAUACUUAACCAAACUUUAAAACGUUUAUUUAUAAGAGAAUAAAUAAGAAUAUACGAUAUAUUGAAGAA